CAAUGAUCAAGAUAUAUAUUUGAUAAGAAUAAAAUACGCAUUCUAAGUGUUUGGCAUAUAUAAAAGAAACCAGUAAUUGAUAAUAUUUUAUUGAGCCCUGUUAAUACUUGGUUUUGAUUUUCAACAUAAAUAUUUUCUGCAUCAAAAUGCAGUAUUUUGGAAUUACCAUAUUGAUUGUGCUUGUCAGCGGUCAAUCCUUUGGCCGAAGUCUCAAUGAAAAUAAAUCAAACCUUUUAAAAAAUACCAAAAGUAUUCAAUCUUCAUUGACGGAAUUUUUGGAAGUCAAACUAAGGGAUCUUCUUCAAAAUGGAAAUCAAACACUGGGAGUACCUGUACUCGAUCCAUUUUCUCAAGAACAAGUUAUUGUUGAUUAUAAUCAAAAUGGCAUCAAUGCUGAUUUAAAACUGGAAGUUUUAAAUAUCGAAGGAUUAUCAAAAUACAUUGUUAAGACUGCAAAAGUUAGUGUUCUAACUCAAAAGUUAACACUAAUACUUGAGUUUCCAAAAAUUCAUGUAACAGGUUUUUAUGAUAUUGAUGCAAAUGUCAUGAAGGAUAUUGAUAUUUUCGGUGACGGCCAAUUUGAUGUUAGCAUCGAAAGAUUUUCGAUCGAUGUUAUCGUCAAGGCCUCUAUCAAGGGUGGACUUUCGAUAAAAUCCAUUGAUUUACAAAUUGCCCUUGUUGCACUCAAUUUUAAUGUAACUGGAUUGUUUUAUGAUGACAUUUCAUCAGAAAUUUUGAGUGAGCUGGUUUCUGAAAUAACACCUGAAAUUAUAAAUGAUUAUCAUGAUGAAAUAACUGAGGUCGCUGUUAAUCAGGCUAUGAAAUAUGGCAACAAAUUAUUAGAUGGAAUGACUCUUAAUGAUCUUCUUGGAAUGCUUGGAUAAGUUUUUUUUCAUUGUGUAUAAGAAUAAAGAAAUAAAUUUAUAUUUUGAAUUGAAACAACAA